AUGCCUCGCACCGCUGUAAAAGGCCAGGUCCUCGCCGACCUAGUGGUAGAAUUUGAGGAGCCUGCAACAGAAGGAAAAGAAAUGUCGGUUUUACUAGGGGCUGGUGAACAGGUGAGCAACACAGUUUCCCCGCGUGGACUCACUUGGUGGAAAGCAUACAUUGAUGGCGCAUCGAACCAAAGGGGCUCAGGGUUAGGAAUUGUCCUGCUCUCACCUGAAGGGAUAACAAUAGAGAAGUCAUUGAGACUCGGUUUUUCAGCCACGAAUAACGAAGCCGAAUAUGAGGCGCUAUUGGAGGAAAUAGGAAUGAUCCGGAAAAUGGGGGGGAAAUCCAUAGACAUGUUCUCGGAUUCAAGACUUAUUGUGGGGCAGGUAAAUGGAGACAUAAGUGGGAACACUCAUGCUGAUUCUCUCGCGACGUUGGCUACCUCCUCGGCUCAACCCCUACCUCGAGUCAUUUUGGUAGAAGAGAUCCUCCGUCCACUAACAGAGAAGGCCAAUGGGAUUGGAAUACAUAACAUCAGGGCAGGACCGAGCUGGAGGGACCCUAUCGUUCUGUACUUAAAGCACGACACCUUGCUAGAUGAUAAGGUUGAGGCUGGCAAAAUCAGGAGAAAAGCUACUCGAUUCUGGUUGUCGGAGGACUCCAAGCUUUACAGACGCUUGUUCUCGGGGCCGUAUUUGCUGUGUGUGCACCCAGAGGCUGCUGAACUCAUCCUGGAAGAGUUACACGAAGGAAUUUGCGGAAGUCACACGGGGGGUAGGUCUUUGUCUCACAGAGCCUUAACGCUGGGUUAUUGGUGGCCGAGCAUGCAUAAAGAAGCCCUGGAUUAUGUGAAGAAGUGCGACCAAUGCCAGAGAUUCGCUCCGAGCAUACACCAGCCUAGUGGAGAGCUAAACCCAUUGUCCAGUCCCUGGCCAUUUGCGCAAUGGGGCCUAGAUAUACUUGGUCCAUUCCCCAAGGCAACAGGGAACAGAAAAUUUCUUCUUGUCGGCACCGACUACUUCACCAAAUGGAGUAAUGGACAAGCGGAAGCCGUCAAUAAAACCAUAAUGAACGGACUGAAAAAGAGACUAGAUGACGCGAAAGGGAGAUUGGUAGAGGAGUUAGCCCAUGUCUUGUGGACAUACCGUACCACGCCUCGUAGGUCCACAGGGGAAACCCCUUUUUCAAUGACCUAUGGGGCCGAGGCUGUCAUUCCACUGGAGGUGAACUUCCCAACCCAGAGGACCACCACCUUCUGCCCCGCUACCAAUAGCAAACUUCUGGAAAAGAGCUUGGACCUCAUCGACGAAAGAAGGGAAGGCGCGAUGGUCCACCUAGCUAAUUAUCAGCAGAAGCUCAAGCAAGGUUACGACACCAAGGUGAAGUCCAGACCAUUAGCGCCUGGGGAUCUAGUACUGAGGAAGUUACUUAUGUAA